AUGGAUGAAACUCCUGUUUAUUUUGAUAUAGUUGGAAAUUUAAUUAUAGAAAAUUGUGGUGCUAAAACUGUGCAAAUUCAAACAACUGGGAAUGAAAAAAAUUGGUUUACAUAUGUUCUUACGGUUUUGCAGAUGGUACAAAAUUACUACCAAUUAUCAUUUUUAAAGGUUUGGAGAAAAAGGCCGGGAGGAAAUAGAAUCAAUAAACAAAGAUCCCUUCUUGUUAUGGAUAGUUUUGAAGGUCAUAAAUAA